UUUUAUAAACAGGUUUUUGUGUCAAAUGGUACCUCGACUGCUUCCUUGAUUGGCCUCUUGAUCCAUCGAAGCGAUGAAGGCCUGGUACAUGGACAGCUCUUGCGAGGAUCAGAGGCUUCCUCACCAUCUGGAUCCUCCGCAAUAUGUGAGUGAGGAGCAUCUCUCAGAAUUGGGGGUUUUGCAUUGGGUGAUGAAUGCCGACGAGUACGAGACGGAUCCCCAACUCAAGAAGCUCCGCGAGGAGCGUGGCUACGAUUACGAAGAUUUCAUCACUGUCAGCCCCGACAAGCUGCCGAAUUACGAGCACAAAAUCAAGACCUUCUACGAGGAGCACAUCCACACUGACGAAGAGAUUCGCUACUGUCUCGACGGAAGUGGCUACUUUGAUGUGCGAGACUCCGAUGAUCGCUGGAUCCGGAUAUGGGUCGAAAAGGGCGAUAUGAUCGUCUUGCCUGCCGGUAGUUACCAUCGCUUCACAAACGACGAGUCAAACUACAUCAAGGCGAUGAGGCUUUUCGUUGGAGCUCCCAUUUGGACACCUUAUAACCGACCUCAAGAUGAUCAUCCCAUCAGGCAGCAAUACGUCUCUGAAAUUCGCAGGAAAUCGUCAGGAGCAGGAAUAGAGGCGCACUAGAAACCAGAUUUGUUUGAAAGUUUAGAAGCACUUCACUCGCAUGAGAUAGCUAGCUAGCUAUUCACAGUCCUGUCUAGCAAAAUUUGUAUCAAGUUACCUGGUUACCACUGA